AUGGGUCUCCUUCUAGCAGAAUCUCUGCCAUUUCGCGGAUCCCUGCUGAUCACAACAGUCAAAAUUCUGACAUCCCUGGUUCUUCUUUUUACAUCAUGGAUGUGUUGGACAUACCGUAACAGAGGUUUCCGUUCAUCUGCUUCCGCCAACUCAAAAUGGAUUGCAGGGCCGAAGGGCAAAGCUUUCAAAGGAAGUGUGCAAGAGCUUCAGACUGGAGGUGCUGCCAGCUGCAAGGCUUGGUUCUCUCUUUACCAGCAAUAUGGACCGGCCUACGAGAUGACAAUCCCUUUCUUUCGCUUACAUAUCAUCAACCAUCCAACUUAUCUCGAACAUAUCCAAAAGCAUAACAGUAAAAACUACAUUCGCGGGGCAUUUACGCGAAACGUGUUUAAGAGCCUUCACCGGUCCAGCAUUUUCAUUUCAGAUGGCCCCGCGUGGCACCUGCAACGAAAAGCUGCAACAAAGGCAUUUAGCAAAGCAAAUUUUGAGAAGCAUAUCACUCGAUCGCUUCACUAUUGGCUUGACGUGUUGAUGAAAUUGCUAUCAAAUCUGGAGAGAGAGAACCAAGAAUUCGACUUUCAAGAACUAAUGGGCCGUCUCAUGUUCUGUCUAUUCCUUCAGGUUGCAUUUCAUGAAGAGAAGAUGGCUUUGGAAAUUCUGUCUGAAGAUCCGAAGUCCCUCAAAUCGAAGCCAGUAUAUGUCGAGGCUUUCGAUAAUGCUCUCUAUUUAUUCGACCGAAGGCGACGUGACCCUCUGUGGAAAUUCAAUGAAAGGAUGUCCGGCGAGGAUAAGAUCAGCCAGCACGCCGUCGGCCUCUUUUACGAACAGAUUGAUGGUCUGAUCCAGAGGCGCCUUGACGCGAUGAACUCUGGUUACAAGCCUGACCCCGAUGCCGGGGUUGAUCUCUUAGACCUCUUCAUACAGUCGACGCAAGAUCGAUAUACGCUCGGUGGCAUGGUAUUUGCUUUUCUCUCUGCAGGUCGGGACACAACUGCCUACACUAUCUCGUGGCUUAUGAAAGAAAUCCAUCACGACGAUAACAAGCAUCUCGAUGCCCUCAGCAAAAUCAGAACAGAGAAGCUGCAAUUUACAAAUGCAAUGUGGGACGAGAAUGCGCGCCUCAAUACGGUAUCUCCUGCUGGUCAGAUGGAGGCCGCAGACGAUGAUAUUCUCCCGGCAGUUCCAGAAUUGAAUAUGCCUCCGAGGCAUAUCAAAAAGGGGGAUAUCGUGAGCUACCAAAAUUAUGUCAUUUCUCGCAUGCCACAGGUAUGGGGAGAAGACGCCGCUAUCUUCAACCCAUCUAGAUGGUUUAAAGAGAAUGGGGAAAGCAUAUCCCAUGGCCCUUUUAAAUAUCAUUCGUGGAAUGCUGGACCUCGCAGUUGUCUUGGUCGUGCGCUGGCCACCUACGAGGGAAUUGCGAUCACGACUGCGAUUUUGCAACGUUUCGAUGUCAUCCUGCAUGACACUUCUAUGCCUUAUGAGCCACUCGCUGCGUUGAAUAUGGGGAUCAAGGACGGACUCCCGAUGAGACUGAGGAAGAGAGAGAUCCGAUCCUGA